UAAUGCUUUUAUAUAUACAUACAUCGGCAUUGUAUUGCACAACAGCUCGCAACCCUCCCACCGACCGCUGUCUUCGACUAAUCGUGGUGACCUCAAUGGUAAAUGGUACGUCAGUUGACCUUUGACUUACAUACGGCAACCGAAGCAAGGUAGCACGACUGUGGUCGCACGCCAUUGACUGUGGUACCACAGCCGCGCAACCUUGCGCUGAUGCCGUCUGUAGGUCAAAGGUCAAAUGUGACGUCAAACCCUUGAGGUCACCGUGAGGACAGCAGUCGGUGUGGUGGGAGGGUUGCGAGCUGUUGUGCAAUACGAAUGCCGACGUAUAUAUAUAAAACCAAUAAUAGAGACUAUACCUCAAUAUGUAUGAGACGAUCCGUUUCCUUUCCGUCAUAUGCACUGUGCAGCAGAAGAUAACACAGCAGACAGGUAAGGAACAUGCCGUGGAUUUGUCGUGCGAUCUGAAGUUUAAUGAGUGACGAUGCGUGUCUAGGAUGUGUGUGGCGAUAUCGUGGGCGUGAGAGUUGUGACGUCAUAAAGUACACACAGACCAACAUUAGUUAUAUUCACCCACAAGAAGAUUACAGAAAUGAAGAAAGCCGAGAACGACGACAGCGAGACGUCGCGCUUGCUUGAUGCACAAAACGGCUCAAGACAUGUUCAGCUCGAGACAGACAGUGUCCCGGAUGUUGUGACGUAUGGAAGUGUGACGGACGAACACACGGAAGAAGUCGCUAAUAACACAGAGACUUCUACAGAGGAGGAGGGCUUCAGUCUAAGGAGAGCAUCGAAAAGACAGAUUUUAUCCUUCGUCUCCAUCGCCUUACUGAACUUUUCAGGAUUCUGUUACUAUUCUGUAAUAGCUCCGUUCUUUCCGAACGAGGCUAUAAAACGAGGGGUAUCGCAGACCGUGGUGGGAUUCAUAUUCGGAUGUUUUGCUGUUGUCAACUUCUUUGCGAAUCUAGUAUUCGGAAAAUACAUCACGGCCAUCGGGUCCAGGUUCCUGCUGACCAGUGGUGUGUUUGUGGCGGGGAGUUGUUCUGUGUUGUUUGGGCUUUUGGAGUACACGGAAGGGACGACAUUUAUGGUGUUUUGCUUCACGAUCCGGUCUAUAGAGGCCCUCGGUGUAGCUGGCUUCCAAACCGCUGGUACGGCCAUUCUCACCCAUGCCUUCCCAAACAAGGUGGCAACAGUCAUGGGAAGCCUCGAGAUUUUCACAGGCCUUGGACUGAUGGCCGGUCCGCCCAUUGGUGGUGUGUUGUACGAUCUUGGGGGCUUCAAGACCCCGUUUAUAACAAUGGGGCUCCUACUGCUGUGUUGCUGUGUGUUUGUAACUGUCCUGAUCCCACCUCAGCCAGAUGAACAGGAGGGAAAAACCGACAUGCCAUUGCUGGUCUUCUUCAAGCUUCCAGGUUUCCUUAUAGCCUGUGGUUUGGCCGUUGUGGUAGCCUGUAUGCUGGACUAUAUGGAUCCAGUACUUCAGCCGUACUUGAUCAAAGAGUUCAACACGUCCCCUGUCCACAUCGGCCUGCUGUUUCUGCUGUGGGCGGCUGUCUACGCAGUUCUAGCGCCGGGAUGGGGGUGGCUGGCCGACAAAAAGAAAUGUGUCCCCGUUAUGGUAACGUUAGGAAUGCUGGUGGCGGCGGUCGGAACUCUCCUGCUUGGACCAUCACCCCUCCUGACAGACUACCUCCACAUUUUACCAAGGAAACUAUGGGUAAACAUUAUUGCCCUGGUAGUGAUCGCGGCAUCGUGUGGGGCGCUCAUUACACCCAUCGUCAACAUGAUGCUUUGGGCGGCCAGUGACGCAGGCAUGGAGAACAACUUUGCCUUGUAUGGCGUGGUAUCGGGCGUGAUGAACGCCUUCUUUUCCAUUGGGGAUCUGCUAGGCCCACUGGCAAGCAGUGCUUUGGCGGAUCGGUUUGGCUUCCCGUGGAGUUCCACAGCAUUUGGAGGCCUGGUCCUGUUCUAUAUGCUUAUAACAAUGGCUUUUUACAUCUACGAUGGCUGCCUCACUCCUACACGUGAUCGCCGUGUGGUAUCAACCGAUGGAGAGAGACAGACGCUACUAGCAUGAAGUACCAGUACUGUGUACUUGGACAGCGUGCAUAUGUUCUGUGUUAUACAGCCUCUCACUGCCAGGGGCCCAAGGACUCUAUAAGGUCCACAAACGUAACCCAUCCAAAAGACUCGGUUUUAUGUACAUCCAAAUAUGAACGGAAUGAUUCUUAAUUCAGGCAGUAAAAUAACUAUUGAUGGCAGAGUAAACACAAAAGGCCGGCUACAAGCUCUAGCAGCGAAAUCUCAAAUGGCAGCUAAUCAGACAAAAUGACUGAAGCAGGUCGGUGCCUAAGCACACUGGGCCGGGUAAAGCACCCCAAAGCCGACCAGCAGAUAAUGGUGACCAGGCUAGACUAUUGUUUGCUGCUAAAUUUUACCCCACUCAUCCCCUUGCUGUAUGUGGACCUACAUACUUACAGGUUAUUACAGUACAUGGAAGGGUUAUUAUGGAAUUCAGCAGGCAGUUAGGUCUUAUCUUAGGCCCCCUAGCGGCUUUCCUCUGUACUGUAGCAGAACUUCAGAACUUUCCUAUCUCUUGUUCUGGACCGUGAUGCUUUGACCAUAUGCAUGUUAUGACUUGUUAUAGACAUUAUUUUUAGUGGUACAUAGAUCUCGUGGUCAGGAAGAAGUGACAUUUGAUACCUAAGAUCAGCCGCUUGGUGUUUCAAUCCUGCAUUGGGAAAGCUUCACCACUAAAAAACAUAACUUUAUGCAUACUGUACACUGUACAUACUAACGCUACCAAAAACAUAACUGUAUGAUUGGUUUAUUGAGUGAACUUAACCUUCUAAACCUUCUUGGCGAAGGCAAUAAGUAGGUCAUUUAAAAUAAGCCCAUGCAGUUCCUUACGAAAUCGCUAGAUCAAAGCCUCAGUCUGUACCCGAAAGAGACCGUUAGGGGUCACCAGAUGUAUUUGACACGCGAGCCGUCGCACAACAGCAUUGUACUGUUAGCUAACGAAGAACGCACUGUGCUUCGCCUCAUUACAGGACAGUCUGCUUUGUCUUGAUCCCUUUUAUGUGCCAUGUGGUCUUAUAAAUGAUCAGUGUUCAAGCCACA